AUGGCCUUCAUUCUUCCCUCAGGUUGGUUAUGUUAGUGUCCCUUGCACACGCAUGCUCUUCGUGACGUCCGUAUCCUUCUUAACAUCUACUUUUGAGUUGUGUUCGUGCUAUUAACAUCUCGGAAAUCUCGGAAAAGCGUUAGAAAGUAAACGAGAUCUCUAAUGUUAACAUGCGGAUGGCGCCCGCCCAUUCAUUUCAAACUGAGCCAAACUCCUCCCUGCAAUAAAGUUGUUCUAGCAGACAAACCGCUUGCAGCCAUUCAAUCAAAUCAUACUACCUUGUUUCAUUUCGCAAUCUCUUUCUCGCUCAGCUUUAUUUUCUUCCAGAAUCAAUCGACGGAUCGCCGUCAAGCAACGGACUCCACAUGAACGGACAAGAUUCCCUCGUGCAGCCUUUGCUCACGGAUUUCUAUCAGAUCACCAUGUGCUACAGUUACUGGAAGGCCGGAACUCACAACGAGACGGCCGUUUUCGACGUCUUCUUCCGCAAAAACCCAUUCCACGGAGAGUUCACAGUCUUCGCGGGGCUCGAAGAUUGUCUCCGGUUCGUGGAAAAUUUCAAAUUCAGUCAGAGCGGUAAGAAUUUUCAGCGAUGACUUCCAUCAACCAAUCGAUUAUUUCAGACAUUGAAUACUUGAAGAAGAUUCUUCCGCCAAAUGCGGAGCCGUCGUUCUUCGAGUAUCUCGAGACGCUCGACGGCAGUAGACUGACCAUCAAAGCAGUUCGUGAGGGAUCCGUCGUCUUCCCGAAAGUACCGUUGCUCACUUUGGAAGGCCCACUGGCGAUGUGCCAACUGCUUGAGACCUCCAUUCUGAAUCUCGUCAACUACGCCAGUCUUGUGGCGACGAACGCGGCGAGAUUCCGGCAGGCAUCCGGAUGGAAGAUUCAGCUGCUGGAGUUCGGAUUGCGAAGAGCCCAGGGACCGAACGGAGGACUGACAGCCAGCAAGUACUGCUACAUCGGGGGAUUCGACGGAACGAGCAACGUUCUCGCCGGAAAACUGUACGGUAUUCCUGUCAAAGGAACCCAGGCGCACAGCUUCAUCUGUUCAUUCUCCACGCCUGACGAGGUAAUCCAUUUGGGCUUGAUCCUCAAUAAUUCAUUUCUUUUCAGCUACAAAUCAGAAACCUCAACCACAAGAAGACAGGUGAGGCCGCGGACCUGUUCGAUUUGAGCUUGAAAACGCGUGCGUGGAUUCUGGAGCAGUUCCCAUGGGGAGUCAUUUCUUCGGAGGUCUCGAACGGAGAGCUCGCCGCGUUCGUCGCCUACGCCAUAUCGUUCCCGGACACUUUCCUGGCCCUCAUAGACACUUACGACGUUCUCCGCAGUGGUGUUGUCAACUUCGUCGCCGUCUCGCUGGCCCUUCAUGAUCUGGGAUACCGAUCAAUGGGCGUGCGCAUCGACAGUGGAGAUCUGUCGUAUUUGUCGAAAGAAUUGAGAUCGAUCUUUGUUAAAGUUGCCGCAUUGUGAGUUUGUGUUGGAUUCGAGUCUUUCACUCUUGAAUGCUAUUUCAGAAAAGACGAGUACAAGUUCUUCGAAAAAAUGCCGAUUGUGGCAUCGAAUGAUAUCAACGAAGAGACGAUCAUGUCUCUAAAUGAGCAGCAGCACGAGAUCAACGCAUUCGGAGUUGGCACCCAUCUUGUCACGUGCCAGAAACAGCCAGCACUCGGCUGCGUGUACAAAGUGAGUCGCCCCGUUCCACCACAGCAUUGCUCAGUUGGCACGCACCCAGUGUUCACUGGCACUUCACGUGUCACGUCAUCAUUUACUUGGUUGUAGCUGGUCGCAAAAUCUUCACAGCCCAAGAUUAAGCUGAGUCAGGAUGUUACCAAGAUCACGAUCCCCGGCAAGAAGAAAUGCUAUCGUAUCUACGGAAGAAACGGAUAUGCGAUUCUCGAUCUGAUGAUGCUCGAGGACGAACCGGAGCCGAAGCUGAACGAGCAGAUCCUCUGCAGACAUCCGUUUGAGGUAAGUGAAAGUGGGAAAGACUUGAAAGAACUUUGGGUUUAGGAAUCGAAAAGAGCAUUGGUGAACGCCAGCAAGAUCGAGAGACUUCACAAUGUCUACUGGGAGAACGGAAAGCUCACUGGACCUCUGCCGACUCUGAAUGAGACCAAGGAGCAUGUGAACGACUCGAUCCGACGCACUCUCCGUCAGGACCACCGUCGCUAUCUGAACCCGACACCGUACAAGGUACAGUACUCUCCUUCCCGCUGUUCUCAUCUUCCAGUCCCAUUGUUUGCAGGUUUCCGUCUCAGAGCGACUUUACAAUUUCUUGCACGAGUUGUGGCUUCAGAACGCGCCGAUCGGACAGCUCGAGUAGACGUCUUCGAGAGGAGGACAUCAGUAGUUCUAGUAGUAGAUGAUCCUUGUGUUUUCAGUGCAUCUGGAGCACAAGUCGCCCUAUGUAUCCCUCCUUCUCUUCAGCUUCUCCUUCGUUAUUUUGUCGUCUGUUUCAUUCCUAUCCGCUCACAAUGUUUCUUCCACUUUUCUGCCGGACAUCUACUUGCUAUUUGUCUUGCCCCGCUCCUUUUUCCCCUCCUCUUUUUUCAAUUUACUUCCGUUUUGGUGACUAGCGGUGAUUUUUCAAAAGAGUUUUAUUGCUUCGUUUGAGCUGAAUGAGCUGAACCCUUUUAACCUGCACAAGCUUUAAUUCAAUUCCAUUCUGUGUACAAUGUCGUCGGAGUUUUUAAAAUAAAUAAAUACAGCAAAUUAUAUUACAGCGGGGAAAAGUUCGAAUUGCAAAUUGAGUCUCGGAUCGCUUGCGUCAGCGACCAAAAGACUCUUCAUUGCUCUUCCGCUCACUGCUCACAAUUAUCGGCCAUUGAGCACGCCGUUUCACCUACAAUGAGGGGGAGAAAGUUAGGGUUUUGGAUUUCACCGUAUUACUCAUUCCCUUCUGAAUUAUUCAGUUCUUUGAAACCACCAGUCAGAAAUUGCUUUCGUUCCCUCGAGUGUAGUUUUCCACGCAAAUUCAGGUGAUUUUCUGAAAAACAAGCAGCUCGAGGUGGGUGACCUUGCGAAAAAAGAAAAGAAGCGAAGGUUCGGACUCUCCAGAUGGCUCAGCAGAAAGGUACGCGUGAAUCAGUUUGCAGCCGCUUUUCAGUCAUAAAAAUAAUCGUCCGUAUAAUCCCCGGAUAGAUCUUUGAUUUCUUUUUUUCGGCCGCCGCCGCCACAAAAAUUAUAGUUCUUUUCCAGCGGAAUUCCGCUUUCCGCCUACCGUAGAAAUGUUUCUCCGAAAUAACUGAUUUUUCUCAUAACCGAGCUCUAGAGAGCACCUCUUCAUCGGCUUUUAAAAGAUUAUUUAUUUAUUUUUCAGCCAGUCUUCUUUUUCGAAAUGUUUGUUUCCUCCCUAGAAACGUCCGAAUGACGUCGUCUCCGACCUGAUUCCAGUUUGUAGUGCACUCCGUGAGACUCGUUUGCUCUCGCUGGUCUCUUUCUUCUCUUCCGAAGCCCAAAGAGCGCUGACCGCUUCGCCGCUUCAAUCAUCCGCAUAAAUUUGUUUUCUUUUCCACUUCUAAUUACUUCCGCCGCCGCUUGGUUCCGUUCUGUGACACCUCAUUCAUCAUCCAUGGGGAAGAGUCCCGAGAGUUCGAAUUCCCACCGGCCCGCGCGUGUCUUUCCUUUUUUCCCGCCGUGUCUGAUCGCUUAUCAACAGAUAGUGGAUUGUUUUUGAGCGAUGAAGCUCUGAAAGCACGAAUAAGCCGAAGGAGGAGACAGAGAAAAAGGAGAGGAAGAAGUGGUUGCGGAAAGAGAUACAAAAUGUUGUUGGCGCUGAAAUUGCAGAUCUUCUGUUCCUUCUCGCCGCUUUCUUUGCCUUCCAGAGACCUUCUGGAAUUAUUUCCUGAUACUGCAAUCACGUAAUUGCAGCAAUCCUUCCUUGUCCCUAAUCACUCCUUCCUCUCUCAAACCCCAGAAUUACCCGCUAAUAACAGAAGUCUCUCUGUCCCCUUCGCCUUCGUCUCUUAGCUCAUCAACUCGUCAUUUCGGACAAGUCGCGGCUAAUUUCAGAACUCUUUUCUGGGGAUUCUGCCCCGUGUUAUUUACCCGACCGCCCCGAGCAGGUCACUUUCUCUAAAAUUGGAAUGCCAGUCUUACAUCUUUUCCCACAAAGUUCAGAGUUCCGAAUUUAGACGCACCGAUUUCUACUUCUGGAUCAGAGUUGACACGUCACUGUUUAGCGUGAGCAUAAACAGCUUUUGUUCUUUUCUUUCAUCUUCAGUAAAAAACGCAUUUUUUCGCAAACAUCCGUUCCGUCUUCCGCUGAACUCUGUCCAAAAUCACCCGAAACCAAUCUUGCCCGUUUCAAAUCAGAAUCGACAACAAAUAAUUGUAUUUAUCUGGUCCUCACCCUCGUGAUCCAUACACCUCCACCCAGUUUUUCGUUUUUUUCCUCUCACUUUUCUACGUAAAGGUUGUUGAAAUUGUCGCCCUUUGCAUCUUGCUGUCAAUAGAAUGCGUCCUCCCGCUCACCACACAAACAAUUGUCUUUUUCCUGCGAGUAAAAAGUGUGCUCAUUGAGCUUUCUGCAGGAUCGACGGACGACGACGACGUCAGCGAUGAUGAACAGUUUCGGAAAGAUGCGGAAGAUCAAAUCGUCGUGCGGAAAUAAGCUGCAAAUUCCGAGGAUUGAGGUGAGGAAGGGUUUCCCCUUCGUGUGGGGUUUCGAAGGUUUUCAAAAUAAGAAUAAUGUAUUCCGUCUCUUCUCAGACAUUCCUUGUUUUCCUUUUCUUCGAAUUGCGAACUUGUUUCCCACGCGAAUGCAAUCUCAGCUAAUUAGUUGUUUUGUUUUCGAUUUCGUGCUCAAAUCAUACGGUUGAAACUUGAAAGUCGCAAACAAUCCAACUGAAAUGUACUCUGCGAAAGCCAAAUUCUACAACUUCUCGGAUUUCGAUUUCCAUCGGAGUCAGGUAUCAUUGUCGCCCUCAUUAGUGGACAAAUAACUAACAGAGCAGGGGGUCGAUGAGCCGAGAUUUCUAGUGUUUGAACUCUAAACUCUGGCUACAGUAAUCAUGAUCGAGUUCACAGAAGGAUACAUGAAAACCAUGAAAACAGGAAACAUUUCCUUCCGGCUCUCGGAGCCCUUAUUACGCUUAUUGGGAGCUCUCAAAUUCGCCACGUGUUCUCUUGAUUUCUGGUCGCAAAACAUGCCAUUCAAACUGAAAACAUGUGGCGAUAACAGACGGACCCACGACAGAUCGGAUCAUAAAUUCGAAAGACUUCGUGUGCGUUUAUUUAUGCCUACGUAUUUAUUUCUCUGCAAAAACAAGCUUCCUCUCCUGAGUAGCUUCAUUCGAUGAUGAAUUGGCGUAGCAAGCGAGUGAGAGAGGGAGAAGGAGAUGGGCGGUCUUGGGCCCAUUCCCAGUCACGUACCACUUCCGCCGACAAUUGGGUUACCGUGUUUUUCUCGGCUGAAAAAAAAAAACGCGGGAACCCCUUUUUUUCCGCCCGUCUUCAACUGGCUUCUCGCCUGAGAAAAUAUGACACCUGCUCUUGUUAUUCCGACCACUUUUCAAACUUGGCCCAGCCUUCCGCUCCUUCAACUUCGGAAAAUGUUUUUUGCAUUUCAACGUUUUCUUUUUCCAGUAAACUGAACCCUAUAAGUAUGUACAUACCCCGAGAAAUUCUAGAAACGAAACUGUGAAAUAUUCAUCGAGCCUACACUUUUCAAGUUGGUUGAAAAAACACGAGAAAGUGAAUGAAUGAAUGAGUUCCUGGCACACUUUCUCGCUUUUCAUUCGCAGAACGCUCCCUCUCACACUACCGUAAUCCCUCGUGCACUCCUGAUCUUCAAUACGAGAAUUCUGGCUUGCCUUCGCUUUCACCUGCCUUCAUUUUCCAGCCAUUGCCUUGUGCUUCCUUUGUGCUUCCAGAAAGGUCCUUCUCGAGUGAGUCAGUGAGUAAUUGUCCGGUUCUGCUAUUAUAUUCAUCCAUCCCUUCCUCAUUUUUUUGUUUUCGUCGUCGUCAUCAUCAUCAUCAUCAUCAUCUUGGUCUCUUCUGAAUCAGCAGGAAGACGUGUCAUUUUCAGGCGAGCGGAACCGUGUGCUUCCGGAUCUUUCAGUCGCCAUUUCGUUUUCAGACAGUUGUCGUAAAUAUGUACACCUCGUUCAUUGAUCAUACAUCUCUUUCUCUUAUUUUUAAUGAUUGGUGCGAAUUGAAUUAGUGCCCGAUGAAUAGGCGAGCAGAGCGUGUGUGUCACCGCCCGUUUUCCCGCUUCAUUCGGCAUUCAAAUCGCUGCGGGAAGCCCCGGCGACUCAAUUAUUUCGUGCUCCUUCAGAUCCGAACCCUUUUUCGCUUUUUCUUCUUCUUCUUCUUCUUCUUCUUGUUUUCGAGUAGGUGGAUUCACGUGGCAACACCUUGAAACGAGGAAAACAUCGCCCGUUUUAGCUUUAAUGCAUUUUGCUGAAAGGCUGAAAACAGAAAGUAGAGCAGUCUAGACACUUUUCGAACUUAUUUUCCCCCCUUCAUUUUGUUAUGAUGCACCUCUUCUACUUGAGGAGAAAUCCUUCUCUUCUCGUAUUCUAAUGAGUUCGACAAGGGUGUCAAAUUGUCACGACAUGUCACCCUCACAUCCUUUUUUCAGUCCCAUCGAUCCAAUUCCAGGUCCGUCGUUCCUCUUCGCUCCACAAUCCCACAUCACUCACUCUCCAGCCGAUCGACGACACCAAACUCUCCGAAGUAUCCGCUCUCACCUCCUCCAGCAGCUUCUUCUCAGUCGUCUCCGCACCUCCUUCUCAGGCCAGCUUUUCCCAUACGAUGGUCCGCUACCGCUGCUGCUUCGGAACAUGCCGACUUCGCGUCGGCGCCUGCGUCAUCGGCAUCGCGUGCAUUCUCAUUUCGAUCCUUUGUAAGUUCAACUGAAACCUCUCUUUUCUUUUCAUUAUUUUCAAACUUUCAGCUCUCUGCUCUCUUCUCACAGUUUCCACGUCGAUGACUUCCGAUGCGCAGUCGUUCCUGACCACUCCGAUCGUCCUUUCCCUUCUUCAGUUCGCCACCUCCAUGAUCAUGAUCGUGGCGGUUCUCACCAGUUUUCACUACCUCCUCAUUCCAUUUAUGCUCACUUGUGUAAGCAGUCUAUUUUCUCACCCACCCAUCCCAAUCUGCCCUUCUAAGAGUGCCAAUCUUCUCGCACUGAUCGUUCUCUGCUCCUGGGCGGUCGUCCGUCGCCACGACCUGUCCAACGCGGUCGUUCCUCUGCUUCUGAUCGGUUCCACCGGUGCUUCCCUCCUCUAUCUCUGGUUCCUGACGAUUGUCUCGAUGACCUUUGUCUUGAUUCGUGACAGAAAGAUUAUGGGGUGAGUAGGAGGCGGAAAUUGAACUUGAAUGGAAGCAACUUUUUUUUUAGAUAUGACGACGAAUUCGACAUUGAAAACCGGCAAUUCGAUCGUGCAAGCAGUUCAAUAGUUUGA